AUGGAGAGAGUUCAGUUUGAGCAAGAGCAGAUGCUCGCUGAGCUCAAGGACCUCGUCCAGAAAGGUAUCUUUACUCAAAGAGAGGUAAAGCAGAUCAUGCAAAAACGCACCGCAUUCGAGACCGCGCUCGUACGGCGCAUUCCGCAAAAGAACGACUACCUCCGCUACGCCACGUACGAGAUGGGGCUCGAGGCGCUGCGACGAAAGCGCGUCAAACGUCUCACACAGGGCGAUGCCCGCCCGCCGCCGUCCGUGUCUGACUAUGCGCUCGUGCGGCGGCAGUUCCACAUCUUCGAGCGCGCGUUGAAGAAGUUCAAGGGUGACGUCGCGUUGUGGAUCCAGUAUAUUCGAGUCGCGAAGAAGGAGGGGGCGAGGACGCUAGUAGGACGGAUCAGUGCACGGGCACUGCAAUUGCAUCCAAACGUGCCCGCUUUGUACAUUCUCGCAGCAUCACACGAGCUUGAGCACCUCUCGCCAUCCGCCGCGCGUGCGCUGCUUCAGCGCGGGAUCCGUCUGAACACGGAGAGCGUCGAGUUGUGGCGGGAGUACGUGAAAAUGGAGAUGGGAUUCCUGGAGAAUAUGAGGCGGCGCUGGAGCGUGUUGGGUAUCGAAGUUGGUGAGGGCAAAGGGCAAGAGAAGGGCAAGGGAAAGGAGAAGGAGAUAGAUGCGGAUGCAGAUGAGCAAGGCAAGGGCGGAGAAGACGUAGAGAAGAUGGAAGUUGACGCAGAGGAAGUGGGUAAUGACGGGGAUGCUGCGAAGAAGGCCAUCCUAGAGGGUGCGAUCGUGAAGUCGGUGAUGUCGAGCGCUGCUAAAGCCAUUCCCAAGAUUCAUCUCUUCACUUCGCUGCACGAACUAAUAUCUGCCUACCCUUGUCUGCCUUCUCUACGUAAUUCUCUCCUUGAUUACCUAUUCUCCCUGCUGCACUCGGUGCUGCCUUCUGAUCCCACAGCGAUCAAGCUCUACGCAUCACGGUAUCUCACCCCGGACCUAGAGGGCGAAGAUCUCGUUGAUGCACUCAGGAAGGCAAAUGAGGAGCUCGCAAUCGCCGUGAAAGAGGCUAACCAAGGCGAGAACACCGAAAAGCUGGGCGAAAUAUAUGCGCAGUUCGUGCAAGAAUGGUGUGAGAAGGACAUUGACAAUAGCCUGAAAGGGUACCUCGUCACAUCUCUCCAGCUUCUCGCACAACGCAAAACUACGGCGCCUCCCCCAGCACUAGUUUCCGCGAACAUCCGACUUCUCACAUCAUAUCACGAGCUCCUCCAGGAAUACCUCCCCCAAUCGAGCAACACACCCGAAAAGAUCCUUCGUCUCGCGCGUAAAUGCACUACGAAAAACACGGGCCGAGCGCAGGUGUGGCUCGCUCGCCUGGACGCGGAGCGGGCGUUUGGGGCAAGUGGGGAAGAACUCGAUCGUGCGUGGGACGAUGCCCGCGGUGCCGUGCAGGGCAAGGGGAUCGAGAGCGUCUGGCUGUGGGGGCUCGACCACGGCCACGUCCGCGCAUCGGGCGAGGGUGCAGUGUCGUCCGAUCUCGCGCCUCUCCCCUCCGAACCUGACCCUGAGCAGGUGCAGCUUCUAGAGCGCCUGCUGAAGGACAGCAGGCGUAUCCAGGAUGCAGAAGCAUGGGGCAGGGUGCAUGAGAUGCUCUUGGCGAGGUACACGGCCGUCACACACGCAGAACUUUCUCGUAGACUGAAGAGUGCAGUGGCCGCCGAGCCGGAGUCAGAAGAAGCAGCCAUGGUGACGGAUACCCAGGAGCCUGGCGCAGGGAUUCGAAAGAGAAAACGAACGCUCGAAGAUGUCGGUAAUGCAGAUUCUGGCAACGGGCUCUCGGAAGCAUACUCGACGGCGCGAUCACAUGGGCCGCUCAAAAAGGGUCAAGCGAAGAUAGCCUUUACGGGUCAGGUUGAGGCCGUUGCAGCCGCGCGGGCGGAACGAGUGUGGCAGCUGGGGACGGCGCAGAUGACCACUGCGCGUGUUUGGGAAGAAGUGUUCGCGCAAGAAGAAGAUGCCGCUGAGGAGCUGGUGAAGUACGGGUGCGAGAGCGUACAACGGGUGCUAGAAAGUGUGUACGAAUAUUGGCGGCGGAAGGACGGGGUAACCGCGACGGUGCAGUGGGGGCGGUGGCUGCUGGCGCACGGACGGGCGAAGGAGGGCAUGGAGGUGGUGGUGCGGGUGCGCAGCUGGCUAGGAGCAGAAGAUGUGCGGGAGGUGGAACGGCGAUGGAAGCGGGCGGUGGAAGGGCGGGAGACGCCCGAGGAUGAUCGCGGCAUCGACGUGGACGCGUGA